AUGAGUCAAUUCCAAGAGCUUGUUAUUUGCCACUUCGAUCUGCAUGCCCAGAACAUGAUUUUCGACGGUCGGGGGAACGUGCAUAUCUGGCCGAGGAAUGUGCAUCCUGCCUUUGCCCAAGGGCUGUUGAGGUUGAUGGAUGAUGGCCAAUUCAAAGAGGAGAUCCAACAACCUGAGGAUAUUGGAUUUGCGCUUAGUACAGGACCAUUUUCGUUCAUAGAUCAACCCGGCUCCUGGACUUCUCAAAUCCCACGACUAGCGGGGCAUCAGUUGGCAGAUCAGCUCAUCCACGGCUUUGCGCAUCUCAUGCAAAGAGGUCACGGCCAGCUCUCCAGAAGCAGAGAAAGCGUGGGCGCCUCGGAUAUACGGAGCAAGAAGACAAUAAGCUCAUAUGCCUCAAGAACAAAGGCUUGCCGUGGAAAGAGAUAA